CCCAUCCUCCCUUAAACGGUUUCCCAGCCAUGAUGUCGCCGGAGCUAGCCUGCGGAAAACCGCUCUCGGUUCUCGAUAGCGGUUUCUGCGAACCCUACGACCUCUUCUCCUUACUCGAGCAACUAAACCCGAACCUGAACCCGAGCCCGAACCCGGCCGGAUCCAACUCCGGGUCCGACGAAGCGAACCGGGUUCCCUCCCCCGCCGAUGAGCGGAAGCGCCGACGGAUGAUCUCGAACCGAGAAUCUGCCCGUAGAUCUCGUAUGCGAAAACAGAGGCAUUUGGAAGACCUCCGGAACCAGGUGAACCGGCUGCGUGCCGAGAACCGUGAGGCAUCGAACCGGCUCGGGCUCGUUUUGCACCACUAUCAUGCCUUCCGGAGAGAGAACGACCGGCUUCUUGCGGAAUCCGCCGGUUUACGGCAGCGGUUGUUGGAUAUUCACCGGAUCCUUGUUUUCCGGCAGCUGCAACAUCUCGUCUCGUCGAACGAACAAAUUCCUCAAUUAAUCGCGUAAUUAGCAGAUAAUAAACGGGAUUAUCAUCAUUAAUUGGUAAAAAUGAGGAAAGAAAGCAAUUGCUCAUUCGCUCGUGUGUAUAUUAAAAGCAGGAAAAGCCAGGAAACCGCUAGUAGUUUUGAAAAGUGGUUUGGAAAAAAAAAAUGGCGGUUUUGGUGAAAGCCAGAUUAUGUAAAAUUACCUAUUUUUUUCCUUUUCUUUUCCUUUUUUCUAUGUUUGUUUGAAUUUUGCAAUUGGGAAUUUGGGUUUCAAAAUCAGAUGUGUUCUAAUUACAUUCUCCCGAGAAUUUGAAAUAUCACCUUCAUAUCAGCAAUAUCGGCAAGAGAACCAUGAAUAUACCACAAGACAUUGCAUGAAUUGAACAAAGCAUCGCUAUAAAAUAUAAAGAGAAAGACGAGUCGGUUGAUUAA